GAAAGUGGCAAGAGUACUUUCAUUAAACAAAUGAGGAUUAUUCAUGGAUCAGGUUACACAGAAGAUGACAGGAAAGGCUUCACAAAACUGGUUUACCAAAACAUGUUUACUGCCAUGCAAGCGAUGAUCAGAGCCAUGGAUACUCUCAAGAUACAGUACACAUCCAAAGAGAAUGAGGAGAGUGCUCUAAUGAUCAAAGAAGUGGAAGUGGAUAAAGUGACAGUGCUGGAAAGAAAACAAGUUGAAGCAAUCAAGAAGCUCUGGGAAGACCCAGGAAUUCAAGAGUGCUAUGACAGACGGAGGGAGUACCAGCUCUCAGACUCUGCUAAGUAUUAUCUCUCUGACCUUGAUCGUAUUGCUAUGCCCUCAUUUGUGCCAACUCAGCAAGAUAUUCUUAGAGUCCGAGUGCCAACUACAGGAAUUAUGGAGUAUCCUUUUGAUUUAGAAAAUAUUGUAUUUAGGAUGGUGGAUGUAGGUGGCCAAAGGUCGGAAAGAAGGAAGUGGAUCCAUUGUUUUGAAAGUGUUACUUCCAUAAUUUUCUUAGUUGCUUUAAGUGAAUAUGAUCAAGUCUUGGCAGAAUGUGACAAUGAGAAUCGAAUGGAAGAAAGCAAGGCCUUAUUUAAAACUAUCAUUACAUAUCCCUGGUUUAUGAAUUCUUCAGUCAUUUUGUUUUUAAAUAAAAAAGAUCUUCUAGAAGAGAAAAUCAUGUAUUCCCAUCUAAUUAGUUACUUUCCAGAAUACACAGGACCUAAACAAGAUGUCAAAGCUGCGAGAGAAUUCAUUCUGAAGCUGUAUCAGGAUCAGAAUCCAGACAAGGAAAAAGUAAUCUAUUCCCACUUCACUUGUGCCACAGACACAGAAAAUAUUCGUUUUGUCUUCGCUGCUGUCAAGGACACGAUCCUGCAAUUAAACCUGAAGGAGUUCAACCUGGUUUAA